CUCAUACUCGGAAAAGCAAAAAACCUUAUUUUUAACUCGCUCAACUACUUUGAAUAAUCUGUCAUAAACCUCUCCCUCAUCGGCUUCUCCAACAUGCCUCAGCUGUUCGAGCCCAAGGCUGGCCAAGAGACAAAUUUCGCGUUUGAUAAGACUCCAACUUAUCUUUUCCGUCUCUACGAUACCAAGUCAACUGGUUUCACAAACACCGACUGUGUUAAAUCUCUAGCUGCCUCCAAACGAUCGAGCGAUGAGUUUGUACUGGAUCCUUCCUGUGGUACCGAUCUCUUACAGCUUCCCCCUAAAGUGGCCGGUACCAGACUGGGAUACCAUUUGUUGAAAUGCAAAGACCGGGAACAUAACCCAUGCAAUUUGAUGUCCUGGUCAAGUUCUCUCCUUUUUCUCCUCCAGUACGGCUUGCAUCGCACUACUCCGAGAUCCGAAAUAAAUUCAGAGCUGUCGGAGAUGAAGUUAAUCAUGAUUGACACUCGGAACUUUCCAAGUCAGACUUUUCUGCGGGAUAUCGAUGCUAUAAACUGUUAUCGUCCAUACGAUCGGUAUAUAGAGAAAGUGAGAGGUUGGCGAAUGGACGACCUUUACUUCGGAGAAUACCUUAGUCAGGGAAGCCUCGAUAUCAGAGGGAAGUGCGUACAGAUGACAAUGCAGCAGCUCAUUGAUGGGGGACUUCUCACAGUCAUUUGUCCAGCGUUGGACCAGAAACAAAACUGGAGCUACUGGCCGACUACCGUUCGAGCGUUGCGAAAGGGUAUUCGGAAUAACGAUGCAGUCGAUGCAAGGCAAAUUCGGACUGCCAUAUCUCUAGGCCAGGUAUAUGGAGGGGACAAAUUUGCAAUUCCUCUCGCACUAAUGCUACUGGGACUCCGUAGUCAACCUUCAGAUGACGAACUGAUUUUCAAGACCUUCAGUUACUUGUUUACUGAUGAGGAGCUGGAUUUGGGAGAAAUCAAAUACGACGUGGAGGCUAAGCGGUUGCUGUACGGCGGGACAUCGGUAAUGGAAGAGCUGAAGCGCUUUCAAGAGUUGAUGGAAAUGAUCAAUAGUUUUUCGCAUGACAUCGUCGAGAAGAAAGAGCAGGAAGAUAUCGUCAAAACUAUCUCGGACUCUUUUGCGAAAUGGACAACCAAUGAGUCGUCAAAUGCGAUCUCUAGCAGCAGGCCACGCAGGUUUCGCAGGAUUUUUGAGAAUGCAUAAGCGACUCGAUAUAAGGUUUAUACAAAUUGAGGG